AGAUCAGUACUUCAUAGAUCGACUAAGUGGCCAGGAUGAAUAAGUUGAUACUUUCACUGCUUGUCGUUGUGUGCGUUGCCGCCAUCAAUGCCAGAGGUGAUGAGGUGGAUGAGGCCCUCUACGACACGGAUUACACCCAGUCGACGGGCCUGGUGUUCCCACGUGACUGCAAGAGACGCAAUUUGGUGAAAUACGCCCGGAAAUGCGAUCUAACGGUCACCAGGAGAGGGAAAUGGUACAUCGUCAAGGACCCCGACACUGAUACGCGAAUCACGGUCAUCCCGCGAAAUGUCAGAAAAAAUCGUCGGUGCCGGAGAAUCAUCAACCGUCUGACCGCUCGAUGUGAAGGAGGUAGCACAACCACUGAACCUUCUACUACACAGCAAUCAGCAUACUACGGCGAACCAGAAUACUACAAACAGAACGAAACACCUGAAGACGAUGCGACGGCACAAUUGUACGAGACCUACGAAUACAAAGAUUACUAAGAAAUUCAAUAUUUUAAAACAAGCCUCGCUCUGGGAAAACAGGGUUUAAUACAAAUGCACAGGCUAAUCAGGGACGUCAAUUUCCGCCUAUAAUUAGUUUUUGGUGAAAAAGAGACUUCCUUGAAACAAAAAGUCGCAUGUAAGCGGAAAUUAUCGGCCUCGUUUCAAAGAAAAUAUUUCUGUCAGGUUUUAUAUAAAUGUUGAGCUUCUCUCCGGGGAAACAUUGUUUCAUAAAUGUGUGUAAAGUGUCCCAGUUCGCAAAGGCUUAUCAGGGACAACACUGUUAUGCUUUUUUUUCGUUUAAAGGAAGUCUCUUCUCACCGAACAUACAGUUUAAAUAGAAAGUAUCGUCCCUAUUUAGCCUGUGCGGACUUCACACGCUAAUUUACAACGACACUUUACGAACGUUAACAAUACUUUGCGAACGUUAACGAUACGUUACGAACGUUAACGAUUCAUUACGAACGUUCACGAUACUUUACGAACGUUAAUGAGAAAACCUUUCCUAGAGCGAGGCUUGCAUACUUAAUUGUUCCACAGAUAUAGAAAUGUUAUUUUUUUACCAAUAUGUUACGAAAUAUAUACAUCCUGACAUUGUUUUUGUAAUUCAGAUAAAACAUUAACUGUUGUCUUAAUCCACAUUCAAAACGAAAUAGAUUUUGUUAGCAUUAAUUGUUUAAUCAUCAAACUAGUUUUAAACAUGCUUGAAAUGGAAACGCUAUUAAAC